UCACAGCCGCCCUGACUGUUGCUCUUUUGAACGCAUCCCGAGGGACGGGGUUUGCAGACAUUGUCACCGCGGACGACAGAGGCUGUGCCCCUCGCGUGCGGGAUCCGGUUCUGCAUCCGUGUCUGUGCCGGGAGAAGAGGAUGCGAACCUCCUCCCGCACAGCUCCUGCGGUCCCCUUAGCUACACGAACUCGGACUCUGGCGGCUGUCCCUGACGUGUCUGCGCCGCGGGAGCGCGCCCUGCCGCACCUGGCUCCAGUCUCCCAGGGAAGUGCGCGAAACGCGCCGUAAACUCCACUACUUCUCGCCCCCUCCGCUCGUCGCUCCCCGCCCCGGACCUCGGGGCUACCGCUGUCGCCGCCCCAGAGUGGGAGCCCGCCCUCCCCGCUCUCACGCGCGGAUACAGCGCUGCUUGUCUGCUCUCCUUUCCACUCACUCGCAGCGGACACCUAGUCAGAGCAUCCCAAACUACGGGACAACUACCACGGGACCGAGGAAAUGGCUGGAUAACCUAGCGCUACUGGUCUGGGCCACCCGCUUCCCAAGCUGCAGUCCGCUCAGAGCCUGUCGCCACUGGGGAUGAAGAGAUAACCAAACUCCACUGGCUUAAGACUGGUGGUUUCUGCUGCCUACCUCAAGAGUCUUGAAGGCCAGCUGACACCCACUUUGGCAUAUUCUUGAAAGUCUCUCCUCCAUGCAUACAGAACUUUCUGGAUGAGCAUGAAGAUGUGAAGGUGUUCACAAACAGAAAACUUCCCAGGACAAGCAGAAGGUGAGGCGAGAGCAUGGGACACCCACUAGCCAGAUAAUCCUCGCUGGAGUAACUGAGAAGUGUCUGAAUGUAGGCCGUGGCAGUCCUGAAGGUUGAUGGAGGGCCAUGCUAUUCAAACAGCAGGUGUGGCUGAGACAGAAGCUCCUGGUGCUGGGAAGCCUUGCCGUUGGGAGCCUCCUGUAUCUAGUUGCCAGAGUUGGGAGCUUGGAUAGGCUCCAGCCCAUUUGCCCUGUUGAAAACCGAUUUGGCGGCGCCCACAGUCAGGCUGAGUUCCCACUCCGGGCCCUGCAGUUUAAGAGAGGUCUUCUGCAUGAGUUCCGCAAGGGCAACUCUUCCAAGGAGCAGGUUCGCCUCCAUGAUCUGGUCCAGCAGCUCCCCAAAGCCAUCAUCAUUGGGGUACGGAAAGGGGGCACUAGGGCCCUGCUAGAGAUGUUGAACCUCCAUCCUGCCGUGGUCAAAGCUUCUCAAGAGAUCCACUUCUUUGACAACGAUGAGAACUAUGCCAAGGGCAUUGAGUGGUACAGGAAAAAAAUGCCUUUUUCCUACCCUCAGCAAAUCACAAUUGAAAAGAGCCCGGCCUAUUUCAUCACAGAAGAGGUUCCGGAAAGAAUUUACAAAAUGAACUCAUCCAUCAAGCUGUUGAUCAUUGUCAGGGAGCCGACCACACGAGCGAUUUCUGAUUACACUCAGGUGCUAGAGGGGAAGGAGAGGAAGAACAAAACCUACUAUAAGUUCGAGAAGCUAGCCAUAGACCCUAAUACCUGCGAGGUGAACACGAAGUACAAGGCGGUUAGGACCAGCAUCUACACAAAACAUCUGGAGCGCUGGCUGAAGUACUUUCCGAUUGAACAAUUCCACGUCGUGGAUGGAGACCGUCUCAUCACCGAGCCUCUGCCGGAACUACAGCUCGUGGAGAAGUUCUUGAACCUUCCUCCAAGGAUAAGUCAGUACAAUUUAUAUUUCAACGCUACCAGAGGGUUUUACUGUUUGCGAUUUAACAUUAUCUUUAAUAAGUGCCUGGCGGGCAGCAAGGGGCGCAUCCAUCCAGAGGUAGACCCCUCCGUUGUUACCAAAUUGCGCAAGUUCUUUCAUCCCUUUAAUCAAAAAUUUUACCAGAUCACUGGGAGGACAUUGAACUGGCCCUAAAACAAUCCAUCACACAACACCGUGUGUUGUCCCUGGAGAUAUGUGGCGUCUCCUCUAGAUUAAAAUAUGCGCUUUCCCAGACUCAGCUAUUCAGUUCCUUUCUCCAUAAAUACUUGUACAUAUGCGGUGUGUGACCAAAUGCAAGAUCAAUUUUUUUUUCUACUGAAAAUUUACAAAAGAGUGAACACUAAAUUGCUGCCUGCAGAGUUACACCUUUGAAGCUAUUUACAAAAGAAGAGUAAAGAUGGUAGGACUGGGGAAAAGCGACUUCAGAUGAUCUCGAGUUAGUCUUCCUUGGAUUCAGAAUUUGUCCUCCCGCCAUUUUCAUAGAUUUAAGCCAAAAGAUGAAUGUGUGAAAGUGUACCAAUGGCUACGAAGCGUCAGGAAGUAGAGGAUUCAGUUUUCUGGUUUUUCGGGUUUUGUUUUGUUUUCUUGGGUUUUGUUUCUUGUUUUGUUACCCUAACGUGAAGCUGGCUCUUUAACACAGAUACCAGAUUGGUGCCAUGAAAAUAGAAUACGCUAUUUUUUUGUUGUUUAAAAGAAUGUCUUAUCUCAUAAAAUUGACGUUGUUCCAAAGUUCCUGUGGUGAUUUUGCACUAUUGUUUCCUUGUAUGGACCAUGGUGUCAUUUGUAGCAUGUCAAUCACGUGCUGGAGAGUCAAGUCCUUUUACUUCCAUGUGUAUGUCAACACAGAGAAAUGUCCUGUACAUAUUGUAAAUGUUGUAAAUAUCAG